AUGUUUGUGAUGGGACGACUGGGGAGGAUUUUGGAUUUGUUUUUAAUUUUGACCGUAAAUUGUCAGCCAUCUGUCAAUUUAAGGGAGUAUCCUAAUACUGCGUCAGCAGCUAGCGGGCAGUUUAUGCACCAAGAUGCUAAUGCAAAUACACCCAUUGAAAAUCUUGACACUCAUUCCACGUACUCGUCCUCAAUAGUUUCAGAUGGUAAUCAUAUAAGUAAUCCAACAAACGGAAAGCCUAGUCAUCUCGAUUCUCCACGUUUUCAUGAAGCAUCAUAUGGUCAAGAUUCAUCAUCAUUUGAUCACAGUUCGAAUGUUAAUAUUGAUGAAACACGUGGUUCUAAUCAUGAGUCUCCCAUAGUCAAUCAAAAACAUGACCAGUCAGGUUCUAGUCAUGGUGUGUAUACAAGUAUGCAUAAAAAAACAACUCACAAUGCUCAACAGAUACCAACAGUGUCUAAUAUUCCACUCCCAAACAUGGCCCGUGGGCCACAACCGAGUCCAGGUGGUCAAGCACACGAUUUCAUAUACAAGGAUAUCGGGUUGGACAACCGUUUGUCUCAAGGAAAAGUACCAGGUGCUAGAAUUAAUCAGCCACCACCAAACUAUUUCGAUGAUGAACUUGGCUCUAUGGUGUCUAACCAUGGUCCUGAGUUGUCCGAACGCCGUCACUUUCAUGAUAGCAAGGACACUCUGUUUAAAGAUCCUAGUGAUAACACUGUAUCUAGAUCUCAGUGGGAAGCUGGAGAUCAAAGUAGUUCUCAUAAUAGACCCAAAAAGUCACGGAGAGAUACUUCAUCGGAGUACCAAUUAGAUGAAAUUUUUUCUUUACCAUCACGUGAUGAUCCAAUACAGAAUCAGGCUGACUUUGUUUCUUUGGUCGUAAUUGUACCUCCCGGGGUGAAGCACUGCUACUUCUAUAGACCAAUCACUAACUUUGAUGUCGAAUAUCAAGUUCUUAAAGGAGGUCAUUUAGAUAUCGGCAUAUUCAUUCGGGAUCCCGAAGGAGAACCAAUCGCUAUCCGACCACCGCUAUCAGACUCUCAAGUUUCAAUAUCUGUUCCGAAAUACUUCCGACUUAUGCCAUACGCAAUUUGUCUAGACAAUAGGAAAGCUAGUUACGCGUAUAAAAAUGUCUAUUUCUCUGUAGAUGCUAAUUUAAACUGGGAUAAUCCUAGUGAACUGGAACGACAAGCAAUCGAAACGUUACGUAAUAAUCCGUUGGUGAAUUCACAAGCUCAAGCGGCAAGUGCUGAACAUGCGGAAAACAUUAAUAAGCUUAUGGCACAAUUGGAUAUAUUAUUUGGCCGUUUGCGACGCAUCGAGCAUAUGCAACAACGUUCUAGUAAUUUUGACUCUGCAGAUAAAUCAUUGAUGGAGGGGAACUUGGAGCGCAUCAUGACCGGUUCAUUGUUUCAAGUUGUUCUUAUGAUUGCCGUAGCAACUGUUCAAAUGGGUCAAACUACAGAAGUUACGGGUAAUGAUGACGAACUGUGGAAAACAGCAUCAGAAGCGGGAGAAAAGUUCAGUGCUUUGUACUAUCGUGCUUUUGACAAGCCGAACAGGCCCGAUUUACCUGGAUUUUUUAUGGAUAAUGUUGUUCUUCUGUGGAAUGGGAAUCGUGUGGAAGGUCAACAACUAGUGGUUGACUUCUUCUCUAAGCUUCCAGACAGUACAUGCACCUUACACUCAUUAUCUUGUCAACCAGUGCAUAAAAGUUUAAGCGGUGACCGAUUAUUGGUUUUGGUUAAUGUGUUUGGUACCAUUAAAUUUGAACAACAUCCUACCCAUAUUUUCUCCGAAACAUUUUUCUUAACACAGGAAUCAAAUUUAUGGAGAGUACAGUCAGUUACAUUUCGCUUUAUUGACUAA